UCAUUGACCCCGAUUAAGUUAGGUUAGGUUAGGUUAAGUUUGCUCCUUUCUCUUCUCUCGGUCGCUCUCGUUUCACCCCUUUCACCGUACGCUCUCGCGAUCCAUUCAUCCGCGCUACUACUAUCUAUUGUAUUUUACUGUUACUAUCCGUUCCGCGAAAAGUUGACUCUUUUCCCACGCGAACGACAUCAUUUGAUAUCAUUCAUCGUGACGACUGCAGCAGUGCAGCUUUGUCACUGUUCGUCGCGAUUUUCACGGCUGCUCGCAGUGCUCGCUGCUACAGUGCUACGCAACGCAGAGAUAUGCGCUUGUUGCAUUCUGCACUUUCUGCAGCAGCCAGCAGUGAAGCCAAGUGGAGCCAGUCUUGGGCAGUCUGGGCAGUCUUGGGUCUCGGAAGCAUCGAGUCCUUUUAAUGGAUGGAGAGGAGACAGCGUUGUUCUCGCGCAAGGUGGUUGUAAACAUAGUUCGCGUCGUCGACAACAUUCCGCUGGGACGUGUCCGCGUGAGACGGACGAGAAGGUGCAAUGGCGAAAUCCGUGCUAAGCUCGGACACCCUACCAAAGGCGGGUCGUGUAAACGAAGUAUGCCGCGAAUGGUUGGUUCAUGAGGAUGGUGCAUUGGCGUAUCGGCUUCAGGAUGAAGAAAUUAAGGAACAUUAUACCGGCAACAAAACUCGUAAUGCACAGGUGAGGGAAGAUACGCCACGAGCCAGAGUCGAACAGGAAUUGGAAGCACUGAGAUAUCAAACUUACAUUCAACAACAGGAAGAGAGAGAUGCUCUUGUUGCGAGGCAGUUUGCACUUUCUCUGGAGCGAGAGGAAAGGCAAAAAGAGCGCGAAUUGCAAGAAAUGAUGAGAUUACAAUUAAGAUUGGGAGAUGAAGCUAUGCAGCAAGAAUUUGAAAGACGUAUGCAAGAAGAAAAAGAUGAGGAGCUGGCAAAAAAGAUGCAACGAGAAGAACACGACGGUCCGGAAGACGAGCAAUUAAUGUUGGAUCAAAAAUUGGCGAUGGAAGCGCAGGAUGCCGAAUUGGCACGAAUGCUUCAGGAAAAGGAGCGUGCAAAAGCUCGUAAAGCACGAGAGAGAGCGAGGCAGAAGAAACUAGAGCGUCUGCAGCAACAGCAGGCGGAUGAACAGAAUCUCACGGAACGACCACAGAGACCAGACAGACUAGACUUGAAGACUCCAUCGAUCAAGAGUCGAACCCGUUAUCCUGCCAAUUAUUCUCAGUAUUCGGAAGAUCCCGAAGAAAUUCAGACACUGGACAAUCCCAGUGACAAUGUACAACAAAUGGCAAACGUCGCGACCAUUAUCGAUCCUACUUAUAACGUGCAUCGAGGUACUACUUCGAGCAGCUCGAGCAGCACGAUAAGUCCCACUUACGUUUUGCCGACGCCACCGCAAGAACUAAUGGCAGAUGAUGUACCGUGUUACAUGCCAAUUCAAGGUCAGCGACGAAAUCAGGCUCAAUCGCCGUCUAACGCUCACGAGGAGAAGCACAAGCGGCGAGUUAAAGACGGGUGUAAACAUCAGUAAAAUAUCAUAAAAGUUAAGAGGGAUCAAUAUUUUUUACAAAAAAAUUCCUUUUUUUCUUUUUUAUUGCCAUCGAAUGAUGACAUGAAUUAAUAAACAGUAUUCAUUUUUAAGGACUGUCUAUAAAGAGAGAAUUUCGUUAUGUAUUGAGCAUUGAUUGAUAACAUUUAUGUAAUACACACGCACACACGCGCGCACUUUCGCAAAAUGUGUGAGUGAAUGAAUUUCAGAAUUUUAUGAUUAUUUUAUAAGUUUCUUUAUAUUAAUAGAAUGUACUGCCAUAUGCGAUGAUGUAAAUCAAUACUGCCAUACGUUGAGCAAAUGAGUAUAUAAAUGUGCCUUUUAAAAGGGGCAUUUAAAGAAACCUAAGAGCCUUAACUUAAAAUAUUAAUGAAUUACUCAGCAGUAAAAUGAAGUUUAUAACUGUUGAUAUCCGAAUGGAUAGACUGUACCGUCCUCGAUUUUCUUUUCAUGUUUCUUGAUGGCUAUACACUCUGAUGUACAUAUAAAUAUGUAUUAAGUAUAUAAAGACACUAGUAUAUAAAUAUUAUUUUUUAAUGUUAACACGUGUUUUUCACGUGUUAAAAUUUUUGACAUUUUUUAUGCAAAAUAAAAGCAAAGAUUAUAGCUUGGACAAUCAGAAAACGAUUUAUAUGAGACAUAUUUUUUAACUUGAUGCAUUUGUAUGCGACAAGUAAUCGGUAUUAAUGUACAAAUAUUGAUCAACUACAAAAGAAAUUAUCAUUGAAUCUCGUAAUUUACGUAGAUGGGCCAGAUAUACAAAGUGCAAUUGAAACGCAUGAGCAGAUUAUGACAAAAAAAAAUUGAGAAAUUAUGGAAACUUUUUUCCAAAUCAUGCUUUAAAUGAUCACAUUUAAGAGAAUCUUUCACGUUUCCAACACGUUAAAAUUUGCUCUUAUAAGAUCACCAAUACAUUUCUACUACACAUAUCCUUCAACGCUAUAAGGAUUCUUCAUAACAUGCUUAAUUUAAUAAUAGAUCGUAAUUACUAAAUCCUUUUAUAGUCAGUAAGAUAGAACGUAAGGAAUGACAACGCAUAUUGCCAAAGAUAACACUUUGAUGUUGGCCUUUCAAAAAAGUGUUGAGAUGAUAUAAAGAAAGUGCACGUACAUGUGCGCAUUGCGUAUGGGUAAAGAUCUAGAUUCAACGAUUCUUGCGUAUUACGAUAUUUUUUGAACUUUAAAAUAUACAAUAAAAUAUGGUACGAGCAAGCUUUCAAAAUAUUUGGACUUGGGCAUAUAUUGUUGAUUAUAAUAUAUCAAAGAGAAACGUUGGAAUUUUGCAAAAAAAAAAAAAUUGUUACGCAGAAUAUACUUGUUCGUCUUCAAAAAAAAACAAUAUCUACAAUUACUGUAAUUUCAAAAUGACACCUUUAUGAAACGCUUUGAAUUUAUUUAUUAUUAAUACUCUGACAUUAUAAAGGACCUAUUGUAUGUAUACAAUGUAUUAUUUACUAACUUAUAUAAGGAUCGUGUACUCGGAAGAAUAAGAAUCUUUAUUGGUAGUUGUUCAAGAUAUUCCAUUAGAAUAUAUAUGAAUUCCUUUCGUAACGAUUAUGUCAAUUGUAAUGAGAGUGGAGUUUUCCCUCGUUUGAUACUAUCACAUAUUACCUUUCUUUUACGUUUAUUGUGUAUCGAUACAACUAUACAUGAGCAUGUUAAUAAAUUAUUUACAAAGAUA